AUGUUUCAAUAAGUAUUUGAUUAUCUAAGAUUGCCUCGCUUUAUAGGAGAUUCAAUUCCAUAAGACAGUAAACAAGAUUAUUAAUGACUAAUAGGUACAAAUAUAAAAAUAGGAGUUGGUUAAAAUGCUAUUAGGAAGAUUUUUAAAGUAGAAGACUAUGAUCAAUAUGAAAAAAUGCAAAUAAGUUAAUUAGCUUAAGCUUUAUAAAAGAAUUAAUAAUAUAAUCCAAACCUUCAUACAGAUGAUCUGUUACUAAGAUAUCUUUAUGCUAAUAAAUUCAAUAUUUAAGCAUCAAUUGAUGUAAUAAUCUUUAAUCAUGUUAGCAAUUUGUUUAAACUAAUGAAAUUUUUAAAUAAUUUGGUGAACUGAGACUAGAUAAAGAAGUGAUAUAACUUUAUGUAAAUAAAUUAAUAUAAAGUAAAAGUAAAAAGGAGCAAUUUACAUAGAAGGAAGAACCAAAAAUCAUAUACCUUGUAUGGUUGUAUCUACUAAAUUAGUUGAUGAUUUGGUUUUAUUUGAAAGAGCAGCAAUUAUAUUAUGUGCAAUAAUUGAAGAUUACAUGUUUUAUGGUGGUAAAAUAGAAUCUUGGAUAGCUGUCAUUUAAACUAAAGAUUAGAGUGCUUAUAAAAUGCCUUUGGAUAAAAUCUUCUCCAUUAUCAAGGUAUUGUAGACUUGUUUCCCAAAUACAUGUGAAGCAAUCUAUAUUCUCAAUGCCACUCUUUCUAUCAAUCUAUUAUGGUCUUAAAUUGAAGGUAAUACUUUAUAUAUAACAAAGAAUACAUAAGUCCUAUAACUCUAUAAAAAAUUAAAUUUUUGAAGGAUAAAGAAUUGCCAAUUUUAUCUAAUUAAUUUGAUCCUGAAAAACUAGAACAAUCUCUAGGAGGAGAUAAAAUUAUUAAAUAAUAUUGGCCUCCAGAUCAAAAUGAUUACGUUUAUGAGUAACCUCCUUAAUAAUAAUAACCAUUUUAUGAAUAUGAAGAAUAAAAUUAGAUCUACUUUUAAGAUAAUAAUAAUCUUCAAUAUAUGAAUGAGGCUCCUAUUUUACAUGAAGAAAUUCCAUAACCUAUUCCAGUUUAAUAAUCGCCUUAACCAAGUAAAUAAGAAAUUGAUUCUGUUUAACCUGAAAAAAAAAAAAAAUGCAUUUGUGUUAAAUGCUCAAGAGAUUUACAAGAUUUAGCUUCUUAACCUCGAUAACGUCAGCCUUCAGAACCAUAACCUAUUAAUAAACCAAUUAUACCAUAAUAAGAACCAAAAUAGUAAAUACCUCAAUAAUUGGAUGAUACAUAUGUACCAUAUGAGAGAAAAUAUGAUAGUUUUAUUAAUGAUACCAGUUUAUUGAUCCCAAAGACAAUAAAUGAUACGAUCUAAUAAGAUUAUAAGGAUGAGGAAGAAUAAUUUGGAGGUAAUUCAUUCAAUAAUUAAUAAUAAUAAUAAUAAUAAUAAUUAAAAUAACCUGAAACAAAUUAAAAACCAAAUAAACCAUCAUUCACAAAUCCCUUUUAUAAUUCCGAUUCAAUGUAAGGAUCUUAAAAAAUAGAACCAAAAUAACCACCAAUAAUUUCAAAUAAAGUGAGUUAAGAGAUUCAAGCUAAUAUGGAUGAUACAAUAAUAGAUGACAAACCAGAUUAUUAACCAAAAUAUAUAAACAAGAAUAAUCGCCCAUAAUAAUCUUCUCAUUUUUAUCCGACUUCUCAAUCAAACCGUUUAACAAAUAAUAAUCCAAAUCUUUACAAUUUUUAAAACAUUCCUAGUUACAAUCCAAUGAAUUAUGCUUAAUAUUCAUAACAACCUGUAUAAUCUUAAUAGUAUAUACCAACUCUGCAAACCUAACCAUAAAGUUAAUCAUACAUAAAUUUAGAACCUUAAUUUUAAAAAUUCGAUACAAUCUAAUAAUAGCCAGUAUAAGUACAAGAUUUCGAUUAUAAUAAUUAUAAUACGAAUUAAUCUUAUUACGCUCCAUAACUUUCUAAUGAUCCAAAAAAGAAAUAUGAUUUUAGUUAAUGGGAUAAGUAUAAUGAUGGUAAUGAUAUUUUGCCAAACCAACCUUAUGUUCCAAUAUCAAAUAAUAUUACAAACCCAUAUGCAUAGUAAAGUCCUUCUAACAUGUAUCCAAUACAUGAAGACUAUAAUAAAAUAUAUGAUACAACAAAUGAUUAUUAGCCAGGAGAAUUUAAAUCAUCAACUUACAAUUUUACACCUUAUGAUUAUAGAUAUAGCGAUUAACAAUUUUAGCCAAGUACUAACUAAGAAAAUGGGUAUAAUGGAAUUAUUAUUAUUUAGCGCACAAUAAUUAUAUCAAUAGAAACCAGGAUAAUAAGCAUGUUAAAUAUUUUGAUUAAUCAAUAAAUAGUUUAUAUUGCC